AUGUUGUGUCAGGCCAUACUUCUACUUGUCAUGCUGUGUCAGGGCAUACUUCUACCGGUCAUGCUGUGUCAGGGCUUACAUCUGCCGGUCAUGUUGUGUCAGGGCUUACUUGUACCGGUCAUGUUGUGUCAGGGCGUACUUCUACCGGUCAUGUUGUGUCAGGGCGUACUUCUACCGGUCAUGUUGUGUCAGGGCUUACUUGUACCGGUCAUGUUGUGUCAGGGCCUACUUCUACCGGUCAUGUUGUGUCAGGGCGUACUUCUACCGGUCAUGUUGUGUCAGGGCGUACUUCUACCGGUCAUGUUGUGUCAGGGCUUACCUGUACCGGUCAUGCUGUGUCAGGGCUUACAUCUGCCGGUCAUGCUGUGUCAGGGCUUACAUCUGCCGGUCGUGCUGUGUCAGGGCUUAUUACUACCCGUCAUGUUGUGUCAGGGCGCUCUUCUACCGGUCAUGUUGUGUCAGGGCGUACGUCUAACGGUCAUGCUGUGUCAGGGCUUACAUCUGCCGGUCAUGCUGUGUCAGGGCUUACUUCUAUCGGUCAUGCUGUGUCAGGGCAUACUUCUACCGGUCAUGUUGUGUCAGGGCAUACUUCUACCGGUCAUGCUGUCAUAG